CACUGUAGUGCCGAGUACGAGUGGCUCUAUUGGAGGAGGGAAGGAUGCUCUAUCAGUCGAGAGGAAUCAGGCACCUAUCCAUGAAAAAUAUCCCGUUGUCAAGAUGUCAUGGGAGAAAAACUUUUCUUAGAUCCGCACCUGAUUUGCAAUCGAGUAUGAAACCCGUCGACUCGAGCGGAUAUUUAAUAAACUAAGCGCCUUGUAAGAUUUUUCUCGUCCACGGUGCGGACCGGUUCUUCUCCAAUCGCCUCGGCCAAAAACAUGAGUUUGUCUGAAUGGAGGCUGUGACGCGUGCAGCUGCUCUGACGGCGCAAAGCCGAGGAUGGCGCGUUGUCUCUCUGUGCUUGAUAACGCUGGUCUCCAUGGCGACCUCAUACCUCCCAGCUCAAGACCGGUCUUUGUUGGAUUCCAACACAACAAAGCAAUCUCUGAUGGAAGUGCCACAUCAAACAGCUUCACCCAUCACCUUACUGUAUACUUCCUUCGAAGCCUGGGGACAGUCCAGUGACAUCCAUAGGACAUUCCCCAUCUUGCCUAACACUGAAUCACCCAAAGCCUCAGAGAAUUACUACAGUCACACCAUCGGCACUGUAUAUGGCUCAGCUUCCAUGCCACCUCCAAGCUAUAUCCCUAAUCCAGAGCCUCUCUCUGGCCCUGCAGUACAUUCAGGCAUCCAGCUCUCACAGACGUCACCAAAUUUGCCUUCAACUGGGCUGGAUUCUUUUGCAGAACCACCGUUUCCACCCCCUGAAUUACCAGCAGAAAGAUUUAGCAAUAGUGACACUACAUCUGCAAACCAAGAAGAACUUUCAAAUCAUUUAGUCCCUAGUCAUGACUUAAAUAUCCAAAAUGAUGGUACCCUAGAUGCUCAUCUGUUAUAUCCAAGUCAUGCUGUUUUUGGAAAAUAUCAUUUGACAUCAUCUUUCACAGAACCAACUAUGGGUCCACCAGAGGUCUUCUUCCCAGCCAACACUAUGGAUGUGGACUAUGGUUCUGGUUCUGGUGAUUACUUGGAAACAAUGUCUUACAUGGGAACUGAGGGAGAUGACUAUUCGUUGGUCACCAAUUUUCCCUCCGACAUGUAUGACUUUGAGGACUCAAACUCCGAAUCCUACGAUACAUCUUUCCCUACAAGGGUAAUGAUUCCUUUGUCCACAAGGUACCUCUCUCCCAGUACCUCCACAAAUGUUCCUGAUAGACAUCUUACUAUGAAUCCUAACAUGGCCUUCAGUAUUACCCCAAAUUCAACCAGUACUCUCCAAGUAACCAAUAGCAAAAUGACAGUUUCUCAAAGUGUAAUGACCUCCAGAACCCCUACCCUAACCAGUAUUCCCAACAGUCCGACCCAUAUGCCAUUUUCCAGCACUGUUUACUUGGGUGUCCAAGCCAUCCAUCCUACAGCAGUGCAUUCUAGUGCCUCCUUACAUCGGAGCAACAUAGUCAGUGACACUUCAGAGUCAUAUUCUAACUGGCCUGAUGUUACCAUUGAACCCAGUGAUGUUCUUCUGCCUGAUAUGAAUAGUCUGGAGUACUACAACAUUCAACUGACAAAGAAUAAUGACAGCUUGACAGGACAACAGGGCAACCAGACCACUUCCAAACAUUUCUCCCUCUCCCUGUCAGUAAGCACUACCAGCACCUACACUGUUCCUCCCAGUCACAUGAUAACAGUAAUGUAUGGAGAGGACCUGCAGCCUAUGGGCAACAACUCCUGGCCUGAAGAAUCUUCUACAGACAUCUCAGGAUUUGAUUUGUCCAACACUACUGUCUUGGAUUUGUCAGACAUAAGACCUAGUCUAAUGAAUGGUACAUUUCCGUUUUUGUACUCAUCAGUGUUAACUCCUUCCAUGGACUUUUCAACUUCCCUGUGGGAUCUGGCCACGACUGCUAACUGGAUUAGCACAGAAUCUGUCAGCACCUCCCUGUCACUGUUUUUCCCACCCUCUGAUUCAGAGGAAUCCGAUGUCAUGUUUCCGACGUCCACAAACGUCUACUCUACAUUGCCAGAGACCUCACUCCCUACUUCUUCAGUCAUCAGUAAUGUGUUCACCCAGACACAUAAUGCCUCUGAGGUGCCUACUGAGUCAACCCUCAAUAGCACUUCUGCCAUUUCUGUGACCGAGAUGGCUGACCAAGGUUUCACAGGAGUAGAGAGUUCUUUCACUGAAGUUACCGAUGAUGUAAUGACAACAACCAGCAAGCCAGCAGUCUCCACCACUUCAGUAUUAUAUAAUGAGACAACUGUGACUACCCCGGGCCCAACAACUGAAGUGUUUAAUACUACAACUCUUACAAUGCCUACAACCCCUUCAGUGACAACCCAGACUUCUACUCUUCAGACUACCACUGUCCGAGAGUACCUCUGCAACAAUACCAAACCUGAUACCUACUUAGUGCGAGUCGGUUUUCCGCUUGGCUCCACCGCUGGUUACGCCAAAACAAAAGUCGGAGAGAUCCUCAAAGCGGAAUUCAAUCGAUCGGUUGAACUGCAGGUGGUGAAAUCCCCUCCAGACUUUGUGUUUCGGGCUGUGUCUGGUCCUGUUGUCUACACAGCCAUAUCAGUUAUGAACGCUCUGAGACGGUUUACAUACACGUCUGACACCAUUCUUAGUGUUUCCCCUAUCAGUCCUGUACCAGGCCAACAGUACCACAUCCAUUCUGUGCUUCAGUUUGUGCCUAUUGGCAUUGACAUGCAUGUGUGCACAUUCAUCGAGCACAUUGAAAGAGGCCUGAUUUACGCUUUCGCCGAGGUGCGCCGUCGCUUAAAGGAGUCUACUGACUUUACCGUGCACAUCUUGAACAUCACCAUGAGCUCUGUGGCACCAACACGGAGGCAGCUUCGUGGGCCAGUGGACAUCACCUUUGUGGUACGUGAUGCUCAAGGGUACAUACUAGGGUCAGAGGUCAGCGGUCACUUGAGACAUCUCAGUAUGGUGGAGUUUAGCUACUACCUGGGAUACCCUGUUCAGCAGAUUGCAGAACCAUUUCACUACCCUGAACUGAACACCACACAGUUGCUACGCUCUUCAUGGGUGAAGACAGUGUUGCUGGGCGUGAUGGAGAAUGAUGUGAGUGGUAGAAUUUUCCAGGCAAAGAUGGAGAGGAGACUAGCUCUGCUGCUUGGAGAGGGGCUUUCUGCAGGCCGACGCCUUAAAAGAGCCACCAGUAUGGGCAACAACAGCGUACAGAUUGUGCAGAUCACUCGUCUACCAGAACCGGAUGACCCUCUGGAGAUGAUCUACUUUGUGGAAGGUGCUAACGGUGAAAGGCUGCCUGCUGUCACCACCGCAGACCUGCUGAACAGACUGGAUGUGCAGCAUGCGGCCAUCUUGCUGGGAUACCGCAUCCAGGGAAUUCUGGCGCAGCCUGUGGAGAAGCAGGCAUCAUUGCCGUCUGAGACAGAGAAUACCAACACAUGGAUUAUAGUAGGAGUGGUGGUGCCAGUACUGGUGGUGAUGAUCAUCAUAAGCAUACUGUACUGGAAACUCUGCCGCACGGACAAGCUGGAGUUCCAGCCAGACACCAUGAGCACUGUCCAACAGAGGCAGAAGAAGCCUAUCUCUACUGCCACAAGCAGUAAGAAACAAGAAUGUAUGAAAGAGGAGGAAGAGGAAGCGGUAAAGGAAGACGAGCCGAAAAAAGCGAUCAAGGAAAAGUUGAAAGAAGGAGUGGAAAUAGCAGAGCUGCAGACUCCCAGUGUGAAGGGCUUUGACUUUGCCAAGCUACACUUGGGCCAGCACAGUAAGGAUGACCUCAGGGUGAUCCAAGAACCUUUACCAGCCCCAGCGCCAGCUAAAGAGCCGAGUGCCAACGAGAACACAGAAGCGUCCACACCCAAAUCCAAAGGCUCCUCCACUAAGGCCUCCCGUAACAGCCAGCACAGGAGGGGACAGAUCUCUCCUUCCGACGGUGAUUCGUUGGGAAGCGAGCCAUUCAGUGAGAGGGAGUCUCCGAAGGCAAACCCGAGACUGUCCAGCGAUCCCAAGCAACCUCGUAAGAUGGCCCCGAACGGAUUAAACGGUCCUCCUCCACUGAAUGGUGCAGAUGAGCAGGUAUCAUCAGCCUCCAUUUUUGAGCACGUGGACCGGAUGUCCCGCUCAUCGGAUGGCGCCAACAAGCGCUUCUCCAGCAAGAUCCAGCUGAUUGCCAUGCAGCCCAUGCCUGCUCUGCCCUUACCCUGCCCUGCAACCGAUACCAAGGCUGCUGUCAACACCAAGAUGAACAAGGAGAUCCAGGUUGCUCUGAGGCAAAAGUCUGAGAUUGAGCACCAUCGCAAUAAGAUCCGUCUCAGGGCUAAGAGGAAGGGCCACUAUGACUUCCCCGCCAUGGAUGAUCUCAUGGACAGCCUGGGGGAUGCAAAAGAGCAGGACCGCAUCUACCAGAAGGCUCAGAUGCAGAUUGAUAAGAUCCUGGACCCGGAUAGCCGCGUGCCCCCCCUCUACACCGAGCCCAGGAAAAGUGGCAGAGAAAAGCGUUCUCCCAAGCAGAGAAAAAAGCAGCAGAUGAAUGGAGAUCUGACAGACGCAGACAGAGACAGACUUAUCACUAAUGACAGUGACGGCACAUACAAGAAAUACCCAGGAGUCAACAAUGUAGCAUAUGUGUCGGAUCCUGACCAGGGCCCCGAAGCUCAAAGUCCAUCCCCGACUGAUGAUGUCUUUCUGAGCUCGGUGUCGCCCCCAGCAGGCCACACCGCCCCUCCUCCACCCUACCUGCCCCCUCAGCCAUCUAUAGAGGAGGCCCGGCAGCAAAUGCACUCGCUGCUUGAUGAUGCUUUUGCCCUGGUGUCCCCCUCUUCACAGGCCGCCAAUGCGGGCAUCACACUGCCUGGGUUGGGUGUCAGGAGUGAACACACAGCUCUUUCCAGCCCUCCGUCACGUGGCCCACGACCCUGUGGGCCUUCAUACCCUGCGCUCAGCCCCUUCUCUGGGAGAUAUUCCGACUUAGGCCUGCCACCUUCGACAGUACAAGGCUUAAUGCACAGGCCGGGUUUGGGAUGUGGUUACCCUCAAGGAGAAGGAGUCAGCGGAGAGCAGAUGCAGUCUGAGGGACUCUACAACAGCAGAGGGGGCUAUAUUGAUGAACCGCCUUCUUCUGCUAGGCCUCGGCCAGUAGGGGGCACAACAGGUGCUCAGUUACACCACAUGACACAGGUGAAUUUGUCAGGUCGUGUGAAUGAAGGCAGGCAACCCGGUGCCUUAAACUGGGGGCCUUAUCAUGAAGAGGACUUCAGACCUGUGAACAGAGAUCCUGUUCUCAACUCUUUCGACUACCCCCUCGUGUCUGUGUUCCAGAGCCCCAGGAGCGGAAUGAGAGAGCCGUCCGCCCCCCCUGCCCACCUGGACACAGUGGGCCUGGGCUUCUCUCCGUCUGCUCCUCCUGAGGACUCCGUUCCCCCGAGCCAUUCCUCUGCCUCGCUCAUCAAAGCCAUCCGCGAGGAGCUGAUGCGCCUUUCCCAGAAGCAAGCGGCCCCCACGGGCUACCACAGCUGAGACCUGCUUCCUCCUGACACUCCGCCAGCAAUACUGCACUGUACUUCCUAUGGAAGUGGUUUUUGAGUAGGAAGCCCAAAGAAGAAGUGUGCUAGAAAAAAAAGAGGAACCUUGUGAACAUGACUACUUCACUGGCAGCCAAAGCUUUACCUGAUGUCAGUGCUAAGCAUUGUAUCUGAGUGAAAAUCACUUAGACCCUUUAAUAUUCACAUCCUGGCCCCUUUUUAGCACAGACGGACAAACACGCACUGUAUUGAGAUUGAUGAACAACACUGUCCUUUGAUUCAAUACUGAUUCAAUCCUUUUUUUUUCUUUUUUUUUUUAAAUCGUUUAAUUGUUUUUACACUGAAAGUGUUUACCUUACUUAACGGAGGUGUCAUGGCAACCCAGAAUUUGUGGUAGCAAUUAACUGUCUUUGCAAUGACUGGGGAGACGAAAGCCAAAACCUCACCGCCACACAUUCCUUAAGACCUUUGCUGUCAGAAGUGGUGUCUGUGUGUGGAAUACUGUUUUUUUCUCUCUCUCUCUCUCUCUCUCUCUUACUACCUUUGCAUUAUAAUGCAAAUAAUCUUUCACAAUCUUUCACGAAGCAUUUGCUCGGGUGGACUUUCAUCACUGAAAAGCGUACGGUUUGCUCUUUGUUCUUUUUUACCAGCAGCUGUUGCUUUACUGUGCACUAUUUUUGAAGAUUUGAAGUAGCAGUAGUAAUAGUUUUUUUUUUUUUUCUUCUAAUAAUCUUCUGCUUUUCUCCAUUAUCCUGCUAUGGUGCUUCUGUGUUGUUGUUUUUUUUGUUUUGUUUUGUUUGUUUGUUUGUUUUCAUAAACCACACAUUGCCUUCUGCUGUAUAGGAAAAGAACUCUUUGUCCAUACAAAUCUCAGAAAUAUAUGCAUGGACUUCUGAAUGUUUAAAUUGCAUAUAGGUGAGAGAUCGAUUAACCAAACUACAAACCCCACGAUUAUAAUAUCCUUGAGACAGUUCGUUUUCGCAGAGUAUAAGAUCCGUCUCUGCUUUUGCUGUACAGCUUGCACUAAUAUUCCACACACUUUCAUGUCGUAUAAUGUUUCUACCAUGCAUGUUAAAAUUGCAUUAUUAUAUUAUUUUUCCGUUUUCACUACUAUAGUUAUACUAUUAUCUUGUCAAGUUUGCAAAACUUUGCAGGCAUGAUGUCGACAAUUCGUGUCCAGUGUUUACCUGCUUGAUCUGUGCCGUCAUUCAGCAGUGGAUCUGAUCUGAAACCACCAUGAGGCCUGACACUGAUAGUAUUGCAUCGCCUGCAAAGACGAACAGUGGUUGUGGCAAGCUGCAAACUAAAAUCACCAGAUCCGAACCGGAUUCAUUUUGCUUCGGUGAUUUUAGCUUGCCAUCACGACUCUGUGUUUUGUGUGCAAGCAAGCUAGUGUGUCGGCAGCAAUCGAGUGCAAAUGCUUAUCAGCCAUAAAUCUCUAUCAAAUGGACAAACCGUUGGGCCACACAAGCCUUUGUAGCAGCGUCCAUGCACCUUCGUGUGAUUGUACAAGUCUCUGGAGCUGUACUGAAUAGAUCUUUUCCCUUCAGCCGGUGUUUUGGUGACAUCACAAUUCAUCACCAUUGACACUAUAAUGGCCGUAGGAUAUGAUUUCCAUCAUUUCCAUCCCCAUCAACCAUUCAGUGAGAUCUUGUGACUGAUCUGUGAAUGAGGGCGGAGUCAAAUUGGAAGAGACUCUUCCCUCUAAGGGGACGAGUACAGCCAAAAAUAAAUGCCCCCUUACAGCAUAACAGAGCCACCUUUUUUUCUUUUCUUUUUUUUAACCUUUAAUUCGUCUCCAUCUGUAUGUCACUUCGCAAUAUAAGUUACAGCACCUCUUAUAAUAAAAAAUAAAAACACAUCCGGAAUACAGGACUGUAGUUAUAUGUGAUUGAAGUACUUCUUUAUUUUGACUUUUUGAUUUUGCUUGUUACUAGAGACCUUAAUUCUGAGUGACUAAGUCACAACAAUACACACUUUAACAUUUAACAUUCUUUCUGCUUCAUUUUUUUUUAGUUUUUUUUUUUUUUUUAGCUCUGCUGUUUACGUGUUUAUUUAGUUUUACUGAAACCGACUGCUCAGAGCUAAAAGAUGCUGAAUCAUGUUCAGUUUUCACUUCGUGCACUGGCAGUAACUAAAUAGUAUUUCAUAAUAUAAGACGUGUCCUGUAAGUCGUAGUCGAGCGAUAUUGAUUCCAAAUAGAACAAAAUGCAAAGGUCAUUUGCUUUGAGGACCAAAGUAUUGAAGUUCUGAUUAGUGUUAAUGAUUUUUAUUUGAACUAAUGCAGUGCUUGAAACAACCUUCCAGUGAAGUUGUUUUGCAAAACUAGCAGUAUAUUCCAUCACGAUAUAUUUAUUAUUCAGAUUUUCUGUUGUUGUUUUUUCAUCGAGCUGUCAUUGAUACACUUGCAAUACAUUUCGCCUUUUGUUGUAUUUGAAAUACGUGUAUAGCAGAGUACUGUAUUCAGCAGUGUCGAGUCUGAGACGAUCACAGUCUGUGGUACUAACCGUCACCUCUUAUUUUGAUCGGUUUUGUGCUCGGUUGUGUGUUCUUACUUUUUUUCAAAACUUGUACAAAUCCUGUGUUACAGUGGCGAAACUGAAGUACUGUUUUGAUUGGUCAGUUUAUAUUAAAAAAAAAAAAAAAAAAGGUUUAUGUUUCUGAAUUGUUUUAUUUGUUGAGGUUUUCUGCCUUGUAUUUUUGUUGAAUUGUUUAGUUCAAUUAUCGGUAAUUAAGAUUCCUUAUUUAAAUAAAAUGUUUCAUUUCAAAUCA